GUUUAAUUCUUUCAUAUAACAUUCAAAAGAAAAUAAUUAUUAUUUAAAAGAUGAAGGAUUUCAUCUUAAAGUGUUUUGGUUCUAACAAUUAAUUUGUCACUAGUAACGCUCAAUGUUUAAUUUAAUAUUGUUGGUUAAAUUUUUCUUUUUUGUUUGGUUAAAACUCAUUGAGUUUUAUGUUUGAUGAUAUUCUUAAAAUAUUAUAGGACAAAUUUGAUAGUGCUGACAUAAAUGGUCAAAGAGAUCAUGUCUUGAAACAUAUGAGAAGGUUAUGGAAUAAUUGGAGAGGAUCAUUGCACAUGAUUGUAAAAUCUAAGCCAUUGCGCGACGUUCUAAAGGAUGUGCCGGAGGGAUUCGACAAGAGUGAUUGGGAAUGGUUGGUCAAGGAGCACUUCUUAUCUGAAAAGUUUAAGGAAAGAAGUACAAGAAACUCAAUGAAUAGGUCUAAGUUGAUUAUGCCUCAUCGUACGGGCAGCAAGCCUAUCAGAAAGAUCAUUUAUGAACUGGGAGGCAAAGAUGGUAAUCCACCAGAUAUGGCAACUGUUUUCUUUGAAACUCAUAAGAACGACGAUAAACUUGUCGAACCUGAAACUAAUGAAAAAUAUGCUGAAAUUCAAGAGCUGGUACGAUCUGAGUCGUCCCUUACAAAUAUUGAGGUUGUAGAAAGGUACUUUGGACCUCAAUGCUAG